AUGACCUUAGACCAGCAACGCUCUCCUAAAGAGUUAGAAGAUUUGAAUAUCGCUGCAACCCACGCCAUUGCAGAAGCUACAGAUAAGCUAAUUGAGGAACUCAAAAUACCAGAGGACUAUUGGAUGUCUUUGCAAAUUGGGAGUAAAGAACAUCAAAAAGGAGGAUUAACAGGAGAAACAUGGCGAGUAGACGUAGGAGAUUUUACGAAGCGAGCAGCCAUGACUCAAGCUGUUUUACAAAAUCUUUCACAGGUUUUAACCAGCGGCGAAUUUAUUACAAAUGAUGUUGGUUUUUCAGCAUCAGUAUUAUUCAGCCGACCGGAACGAAAAGGAGGUAAACGAGCAGGAGCAGGUCCAGGUCAAAAAAUAUGGGAGAAAAUGGCUAAAGAAUCCAAGUGUGUCUGUGAGAUUAAAAACAAGGAUUCUCUGUGUUGUGCUCGCGCUAUCGUGGUGAUGCGUGAAUAUGCAAGACGUCAAGCGGGUGAAACUAAUACCUUUGAGAAUAUUCGACAAGAUCGAGGAAACAACUCCCAACAACUCAAAGAGGCGAAGAAGUUACACCGAGAAGCAAAAGUGUCAGAAGGAUUAUGUGGAUUAGAAGAAAUUAAUUCAUUUCAAGAGUAUCUGGGACCAAAAGGAUUUAGAAUUAUUGUGGUGGAUGCCACUCGGGGUGGUGUGAUUUUUGAAGGAGACAAGUACGAAGACGAAAACAAAAUCAUUGCUUUGGUCAAGUCAGUGCAUAUGGAUAAAAACAACCAAGAGAAAGCGCAUUACGAUGGUUUAUACAGCAUCCCCGGAUUUAUGAACAGAAGCUAUUUCUGCAAGAAAUGUUGCAAAGGGUACAAUAGCGAAGACAGCGCCCAUCAUCGAUGCCAAGCCAAAAAUUGCCCAGCAUGUAAAAGAAACAGCGAAUGA